AUGGAUGCUCUCAUUGUCAUCACGUCCAUAAUCGCCGACAUUCAAGCCAUCUCUUCGAUAUAUGAGUCGAUCCAACAACACAGAAGCCUUCCAGUUGAGUUCUACGAAGUGAGCAGGAAUCUCGCUCUCGCGCAAGACACUCUGCGUCUAGCCCGUCAGCAGCUCCAAGGUCUGUCCUUGGAUGAAUCAUCUGCAAAGGCCCUCCAGCCUACGGUCAGCGACUGCAAAGAGAAGUCCAAAGCACUACUAUCAAUGUUUGAGGGAUUUGAAAAAGAGUUGGCCUACUAUCACACCUUUCUACUCCACUUAAGCGAAGCAGAUUCCCUCAUAGGAGAUUUUUUAAGAGACUUGGAUGCAUUAUCUAAGCUUUUCAGCUAUGAAUUUACAUCAAAGGAUGGCCAAAAAGCUCGGGUUGAUAUCCUCCGGACCCUCUAUACCUCACCGUAUCUAGACGGAAAGGACAGGAAUCUAGGUUGGCUCCCAGGGAUGUGUGAGUGGUUCGUAGGUCACCAUGACUUUCAGCGGUGGCGAGAAAGUAAGUCGUCAAGCAUGAUCUGGGUGUCCGCAAGUCCCGGGUCCGGAAAGUCCGUCCUGGCAAAACAGCUGGUGGACUCUGAGCUCAGAACUACGGAAUCUAGGACGACCUGCUACUUCUUCUUCAGGUACGGGUUUGAGGAUCAGAGGAGUGCGAAAAGCGCUCUCAGCUGCAUCCUACACCAGCUCUUCACACAAAGGCAGGACCUUUUCUCUGACGAGAUUGUCAAGCGGCUCGAAGUCUAUAGGUCAGAUUUCACCAGUUCGUUCUAUGAACUCUGGGAGAUCCUGGUUAUGGCUUCGCAGGACAAGAAUGCCGGUGAGCUAGUCUGUAUUCUUGACGCAUUUGAUGAAUGCGAAGACCAAGAGCGGCUCGAAAUUGCCCAAGCCCUGUGCAACUUCUAUGACAUGGAAAACGAGACAAAGGGAAACGCCAGCCUAAAAUUUCUCGUAACAAGUCGGUCCUCUGACAAAGAUGGGCGGGGUUUCCAGUCUCUAAAUAUCCCGGAGCUGACUGUCAUCGACCUGAAUUGCGAAAGCGACCUCAGCGUCCAUAACCAGUUUACCAUUUACCAGAUCACUUCCUCAAUUCCACAAACAGUUGAUGCCGCGUACGAGAUGAUUCUAUCGAAGAGUAAAAACCACGAAGAGGCCAAGAAACUCCUACAUAUUAUCGUCGCGGCGGCACGACCCUUGACUCUGGCAGAAAUGAACCUCGCGUUGGCUCUUCGAAAAAAUCAUAGGUCCUACGAAGAUCUAGAAGUCAUGCCAGAGACGCACUUUCGCCAGUAUGUCAGAGACCUCUGUGACCUCUUCGUAACCGUCAGAGACUCGAAGAUCUAUCUCGUUCACCAGACCGCAAAAGAAUUCUUGGUCCACAGGGACGACCCGAAUCUUCCAAGGGACCACGACAAUCGGCUCAUGUGGACAUCCUCACUCCUGCCACAAGAGUCCCAUCGUAUUCUUUGCCAUAUUUGUAUGUGGCACCUUCUCUUAGAUGAGUUUGAAAUCCACCGCCUGGAUGAAAAUCUAGAAGAAGAUCCGAACGGAGAACUAUCUCACUACCUUCGUGAUCAUGUCUUCCUUGACUACUCUGCUACAAACUGGGCUGUCCACUUCCGAGCGUCAGAUAUCGAAGAGGAUGCAGUGAUAGAAACACUGUGGCGACUCUGUGAUGCAAACUCAAGACGUUGUCAGACUUGGUUCAGGAUCUACUGGGCGAGUACGCAAAUGGAAUUUCCUCGGAACUUCACGAGCCUCAUGAUUGCCUCAUAUUUCGGUCUUGAGAAACUUGCAAAACUUCUGCUUAGAAUGGAUAAUGUUGAGAGAUGGCACCUAUCGGCGUUCGGCGCUCUCUUGGGCUUCAGAAAACGGAUUUGA